ACUGUUUUGUUUUCUUCAAAUUUCGUUUCUUUUCUUUUCCUUUUCGUAGCUGACUUUUGACUUCACAUCUAAGCAUAAGCAAAGAAGCAAGCGAGAAACGGGAAAAGCGAAACGCAAAAGCGGUUGUUGAAUUUGGAUGUGGAAUUGUGGCGUUCGAAUUGGAGGAAGAGAGAGUAAAACAGGAUUAGCAUAACCGCAGAAGCAGGAGCAGAAUCGCGUUUCGAUGGAGGCGGUGGCCGAGGGUCUAUGGGGACUCGCGGAGUACCACGAGACGAGAGGAGAAAUUGGGAAAGCAGUGAAGUGCCUGGAAGCCAUAUGCCAAAGCGAGGUUUCGUUUUUCCCAAUCGUUGAGGUCAAGACUCGUCUUCGCAUUGCCACACUUCUCCUCCACCAUUCGCACAACGUGAACCACGCCAAGUCCCACCUCGAACGUUCCCAAUUGCUUUUGAAGUCUAUUCCGUCUUGCUUCGAAUUGAAGUGCAGAGCGUAUAGCUUGCUCAGCCAGUGUUACCAUCUUGUCGGAGCUAUUCCACCGCAGAAACAGGUCUUGCACAAGGGACUUGAGCUCACUGCAUCUGUUGGAUACGAGAUUUCAAUGAAGUUGUGGUCUUGCAACUUCAAUUCACAGCUUGCAAAUGCUUUAUCUAUUGAAGGGGACUACCAGGGUUCAAUCUCUGCUUUAGAGUGUGGAUUUGUAUGUGCUACUGAAGUAUGCUUGCCAGAGUUGCAGGUAUGCUGUCAAAAGUUACAAAUUUACAACUUACGUGGAAAGAUGUUUUUUGCCACUUCAAUAUUGCAUGUCCGACUCAUGCAAUGGGAUGAUGAUAAUUUGGUAGAGCAAGCUGUUAAUAAAUGCAACGAGAUUUGGGAGUUAAUCGAUCUAGAUAAACGACGACAAUGCCCUGGCUUACUAUUUUAUAAUGAAUUACUUCACAUAUUCUACCGAUUGCGACUAUGUGAUUACAAGAAUGCUGCACCCCAUGUAGACAAUCUGGAUGCUGCCAUGAAGGUUGAUAUGCAGCAAACGCAGCAAAUACAGGAGCUAGUGAAGGAACUUGAAGUUCUAGAUCAAAGUCUCUCACGGUCUGACCUUCACUACAGGGAUAGGACAGCAUUAUCUAGAAAGCAAACACUGAUUAAGGAGCAACUCAGCAGCAUGACUGGGUUGAAUUUAAUUGGGCAGGAAUCACUGCAACCAGUGUAUUUUGGGAAUAUCAGAAGGACCAUAGGAGAUAAACUUCAAUUAGCACCUCCUCCCAUUGAUGGUGAAUGGCUUCCUAAAAGUGCUGCCUAUGCAUUGGUUGAUCUAAUAGUUGUUGUAUUUGGGCGCCCAAAGGGACUUUUUAAGGAAUGUGCUAAACGCAUACAAUCUGGGAUGCAUAUAAUACAAGAUGAGUUAGUAAAGCUUGGAAUUACUGAUGGUGUUAGAGAAGUGGAUUUACAACACUCUUCUAUCUGGAUGGCUGGUGUGUACUUAAUGCUACUAGUUCAGUUUCUUGAAAACAAAGUGGCUAUUGAACUCACACGAGCAGAAUUUGUUGAAGCACAGGAGGCUUUGGUACAGAUGAAAAAUUGGUUCAUGCGGUUUCCAACCAUAUUACAGGCCUGUGAAUGCAUCAUUGAGAUGCUUAGAGGUCAAUAUGCUCAUUCAGUUGGCUGUUACAACGAAGCUGUUUUUCAUUAUAUCGAGGCAGUGAAGCUUACAGACAGCAAAUCAAUGCAAGCUAUGUGCCAAGUUUAUGCAGCUGUCUCCUACAUCUGCAUUGGUGAUGCUGAAUCUUCUUCACAGGCACUUGAUUUGAUCGGCCCAGUUUAUGGAGUAAUGGAUUCUUUUGUAGGAGUUAGAGAAAAGACCGGUGUUCUUUUUGCUUAUGGUCUUUUAUUGAUGAAGCAACAGGAUCUACAAGAAGCAAGAAAUCGCCUGGCAAGGGGAUUGCAGCUGACGCAUACAUAUUUGGGAAACCUUCAACUUGUUUCACAGUAUUUGACAAUCCUAGGCAGUUUGGCCCUUGCAUUACGUGACACCGUACAAGCCAGGGAGAUAUUGAGAUCUUCUUUGACUUUAGCAAAGAAACUUUAUGAUAUUCCUACUCAGAUUUGGGUGCUAUCUGUUUUGACCGGUUUAUAUAAAGAAUUAGGUGAAAGGGGAAACGAAAUGGAGAAUGUGGAGUAUCAGGCAAAAAAAACAGAAGAUUUGCAGAGGAGACUUGCUGAUGCACAUGCAUCCAUUUAUCAUAUUGAAAUAAUUGACAAAAUAAGACUUCAAGUCCACCAAUUAAACGAUUUGGACAUCAAGCGUGCAAUGGCAGACCCAGCUCUGGGAGUCAAUCUUGAUAUCCCAGAAUCUAUUGGUCUGUCAGCAGCCAUGCCUGCUCCUUCAUCGUCAAGACUUGUUGAUAUAGACACCAGAAGACGUGGAAAACGGAGACUAUAGUGUGUUCCUUGUGCAGGCAAAACCAUUAUAUUUUUUGUGAAUUACUUGCAAGCUAUUGAUCCAAGGUCCAAGUGGGUUGAAGAGUUUAGCAGAUAGGGUUUCCAGCAAGCUUUCUUUUCACACGCAUCACUGUAAAAGAUUCUGUACAGUUAAUUAGAAUGUUUUGCAAAAGUUAUAGAUGGAAUAGAUAUUAGAAGUUACCAAUUAACAUUUAGAAUAGGUGUUUAUUUCUAUUUUAUUCUUUUUGUAUCGAAAGAGAAAAAAAAAAGUAGAAUAGUUUUUUUUAAGGCAGGUCCUUAGGAUUGUGUUUGUUCAGCUGUUUAUAGCAUUUUUCAAUUCAAAGAAAUCAGUAUGCUUUCUUAUUUGAAGAUGUUAUAUGUAAAUUAAUUGCAAUGGUUUUACUGAAAUAGAAUUUCAUGUACACUACAUCUA